AUGAUGAUUAUGAGACACGCUGCUGUGUUGGUAUCCUUGAGGCAAAACAAACACUGCUGGUCUACGACAAUGGUGGGUGUGGCCCCCACGUCCUGAAAAAGCUCCACUCUCUCUUCUCUUCUCCCUCAAAAAGAAAAGAAAAACAAAACGAAAAAGCGACUGCUUCUACUUCUACAACUACUGCUACUCCGCUUUUCCUCAUCGUACUUUGACUCCUCCCAAGAAAGAAAACCAAAUAAAGAAAAUUACAAUUAUGGCGAAUGACCAAAAGCCGGACCCUCUUCUUCCUUCUCCUAUCACCAACUCUGUCUCCCUCCCCCUCCAGGCUAAAGACGAACACAGGGAAGACUCCGAACUCGAACUCGGAUCCGACGAUCCUUACCCUCCAUUGCCCUUCUCCGUCACUUCCCGGGUAAUGCAGGUAUUGGGAGACAUCGCGGCGGGGCCGGCGUUUAGGUUCACCCAAUGGCUGGAAUUGGUCCGUAAACGCACCGCCAAAUAUCGCUCCUCUGACUUCCCCCGCCUCCACCCCAUGCCUUCUUCUCCUCCUUCUCCUUCUCCUUCCUCUCCUUCUUCUUCUAGUGCUGCGGAAGUCAUCGAUGAUCCAAAGAGGCCUCUGCCACCUGAGCAGACCGCGGAGACCAGUUUGUGUGAGAGGCUUGGUAAAGCUGCUAUGUUGGACAUCGAGUCACCCUCUUUCUCUUGGGACAGGCUUUCCUCGCUUCACCACACCGAGCAUAGUACUAGCACUGAACAUUCUGAGGAUGAAACAAACAAGGCCCUUGAGGUCACUGUGAAUUCUGGAGGAGUUGUCUUCUUUGCCUUAUUCAACCAGCCUGGGAAUGAUGAUACUUCUUCAAAGGAAGCAGCAGCUGUUAUAAAGAUAUCAUCAUCAAGAAUGGCCACACAAUCUGAACGCCUUGGCUAUGAAUUUGCAAAGUGGUUAGGAGUCCGAACUCCACAGGGCAGAGUCAUUCAUAAUUCUAGUUCAGAGUGGCUCCAGAUAAAGGAAGCUGCAGAGAAAGCAAGAGAUGCAGCAAGUUCAGAAGGAGAUGAAGUUGGGGAAAUGACUUGUUCAGAACUUUUGGAAGCACUUGAACUUAGCAGAUGCCUUUUCUUUAUGAGUUAUGUGCAUGGAUCUCCCUUGCUGGAGAGCUCAAUUGCAUUUGAGUCACGGGAAUAUGCUGAAAAAACAGCAUCCGCUCUUGGCAGAGUCUUGAUGUUGGACCUUGUCAUUAGAAAUGAAGAUAGGCUCCCUUGCCGUCGCCUCAGAUGGCGUGGAAAUUCUGCAAAUUUGUUGUUGGCUGACAAAAUGGCCUCUGCAAAUAUGGACGCACUGGAGGAAGCAUUUGAUUUUGCAAUCAAACGAUACAGACCCAGGGUGAUUACAGCUCUUCAAAAAGAGAGAAGGGCAACUUCUCUUGAUGGCAGAUUGAACCCUCAUAGUUUAAGUUUGGCAUCACAGGCCUCUGAUCUUUCUGAUAUCACGGAAUCGCCUAAAUCUAGUGAGAAGAGCCAAAGAAGUCAGACAUCAGACGAGUCCGUGUUUUCUGAUUUUCGUAUUCUGGCUAUUGAUUCUGGUGUCCCUCGUAGACCUCCCGCUGGAAAACGUGCAAAUGACCAGGCCAAUUAUCCUAAGUUGGUUGAGUUACUAUUUAAUAGUUCUGAGUACUCAUCUAACCUUCUACAUGACAUAACAGGAGGCAAAUUAGGGUGUCCUCCAUCCGAAGAUGCCAAAGUGGCAUCUGAUAUAUCUGCAACUGAAAUGACCUCCAUUGUUCAUGAAUUUCGUAAUGGGUUCCGAGCUGCUCUUAGGGACCUGCAGGGGUUUCAUAUAUUACUACUCACACUACACCAGAAACUGGAAAGCUUAUUACGAGCAUUUUUGCAUAUUAUAAAUAAAAUGUCCUUCGGGGAGCCUGACAAAGAAGAUUUAGUGGUUCCUGAGUCACCUUCACAGGCUGCUGGAGGUGGUCCUUGGCUAUCGCCACAAAGUAAGGAACGAUUUAUCAAUGAAAACCAUCCAGAUUUAUGUGAUUCAGAAUUGCAGAGAACUGGUCCAAGGUCAUCAUCUUCAGGAAGUAAAGAAAGCUCAGACUCCAGUUCUCCAAUGUCACGGGAAGGUUGGCAUGGAAAGUAUUGCAAAGGAAGUGGGGAGCCUGUUCGAAGUCUGCGAUUGACAACAAAGCUGCGUGACUUCCAUAAAUUUGCCAAGCAUUCUCAGAUUGAUGCUGAAUCAAAUAAAGAGUUGGAACAGUGGAAUGAAAUGCUAAGAAAUGAUGCUGUUAGGAUCUGCCAGGAGAACAAUUUCAACACUGGGUUUUUUGAGGGUAGUGAUAAUAAUAGUGUUGUUGAUGCUUAUGAAUUGAAGGUCAGACUGGAGCACAUUCUCGAGAGAAUUGCAUUGAUAUCUGAGGCUGCAAAUACAGAGAGGCCAUCUUCAAUCACAAGUAGCCUGUUCAUUGGUGGGGCGCUGGCUGCAAGAUCUGUAUUCACACUGCAGCACUUAGGAAUUACUCACAUAUUAUGUUUGUGCUCAAAUGAAAUUGGGCAGUCAGAUUCUCAGUUUCCUGAACUAUUUGAGUACAAAAAUUUUUCUAUAUCUGACAAUGAGGAUACAAAUAUUAGCAGUAUCUUUGAAGAGGCUUGUGAUUUUAUCGAUCACGUUGAACAAAUAGGGGGGAGGGUUCUAGUUCAUUGCUUUGAAGGGAAAAGUAGAAGUGCCACCUUGGUGAUAGCUUACUUAAUGCUCAGGAAGAACCUAACUCUACUAAAAGCAUGGAAUGCCCUCAAACAAGUUCACCGCCGAGCCCAGCCCAAUGAUGGCUUUGCUAGGAUCCUUUUGGAUCUGGAUCGGAAACUACAUGGGACAGCAUCCAUGGAAUGGCAACAACGAAAGCCGAUGAUGAAGGUUUGCCCCAUUUGUGGGAAGAAUGCCGGUCUGAGCAGCAGUUCACUUAAGCUUCAUUUGCAGAAAUCACACAAGAAGCUGUCGUCAGGAAGUGUGGACAGUGGCAUGACCAUGGAAAUACAAAAGGCUUUGACGGUGCUCAAAAUUAGCCGAGGUGGGAGUGUAAGCCCUAAAAACAGGCAGUCUCACUUAGUAACUGAUGAAUCAGAUUAGCAAAUCCCUUAAUAUCUAUCAGAGUUGAACACAUAUAACUUCCAGGGGUAUAAACUGAUGUUUUUUGUCCUAUCCAGAUAUUUUGUAAGUGUCCCUAACGGGGCCUGGUAGGUUUAGUUUUUUGUUCUGCAUUGGUGGUUUGCAAAUAACAAAGUAUAGCCUCUUGGUAAUAUUCUUGCAUAGGGGGUAAGAAACACAAUAAUCGAAGUAAGCCAUAUUUUGCCCGAAA